GGACCCAAUGAUAUCAUUACCAAAGUGUUUGGUACAGAUAGCUUAUUUGACAAUCAAGUAACAGAAAUAUUAAACAUAAAAUCAACUACCAUUCCUACUUCCACUACCACUGCUGUUUCCUCCAAUCAAAAUACUGCUUUGUUAUUGUCUUGUGAAGCAUUUAUCUAUGAAACUAUUGUAUUUCUUAGUGUACCCUUAUUGAUGAAGGAAAGCAACAAUACUACCACUAGGGGCAGUUAUAAUGUAUUUGAUUGGCCAACUGCCGAUUUCCAGUCAAGUAUUACACACUUGAUUGAGCUGGCUGAGGAAAAGACAGGCUGUAGUGGUUUAGUCGUUUGUAUCGAUAAACGUAAUUACAAAAGCAGCGUUAAUGGCUUGAAUACCAUUUUACGUGCUUUUAUGUAUCUCGGUUUUGAGCUUGUACACCCUUCCAUUUAUCAUCAUGAUCCAACCAAUUUUGUACUUGUAGGAUACGAAUUGUAA